AUGGACUCCAAGUCACCUCACACAAGCGGCGCUGCUGCGAACGAGUCUCCCAUGCUCGAUUCCUCCUCCACCACCGGUCAUGACAACACCGAUCCCAACAAUCACCUUAUGGCAGGAACACCUCCUCCUUCCAGCGAGCUCUCGAUUGCGACCUUUGAGAGCGAUGCUUCCGAAAUCGUCCGGAUGGCUCGCCAAGCUCAGCUAACCCAAGUGCAGCAGGAGCAGGUGCGCGAUCUUUUCACGCUUGCUUCCAACUUUGUCAACGGUCAGGGCUACAGUAAGGUGUCUGAGGAGCAGCUCCGCCUCAAGGAGAAGGCUGAGGAGCUUCGGGAUGAGUUGGAUGCUACGAAGAAGACCUUGGCAGCCACUGGUCGUGAGCUUGGCAUUGUCAAGAUGCAGAUAGAGGACGUGUUUACAAUGCGGCGCGUCGCCUUUCGGCAGACAAUCUCCACUUGA